AUGGCCAAGCUUAUGCUUCUUCUUGUUGCACUGAUUUUCUCUUAUGGAGUCAUUUCAACUGAAGAAAGAUCAUUGAAGAGCGAAGAGGCCUAUGUGAACUCAGAGCCUAUAAAACCACCCAGAAAAAUCAACAGACCUCCUAACCAUAUUGGCAAUGUUGUUGUAAACUUAGGCAAUGAGCCUGCUCCACCCAGAUUGGUUUAUAGCAUUAAAGAAGAAGAAGAUGCCUUUCGACCCACAUCACCAGGCACAUUCCUGGUGUUGGUAAUUGAUAUCUGUGUAAUGGACCUCAUGUCAGGUCAUAAUAAAGUUGGAUUUUCUUUUCCCAUUGGUUAA